UCCUGUAAACGGAGAGAGGGUGGAGCCGUGGAACACGGAAGGUGUUCAGUGAGUCCAUUUAGAGAGAACAGAGCAGAAGGAAGAAAGGUUAAAUUAACAUCAAGAAGAAGAAACGUUGAGGAGAAUAUGAGUGUUUGUGUGGAGGAAGAGGACGGAGCAGAGUCUCCAGGAUCCAGAUGUGUGUCUAUGAAGAAUGACUGGUUCAGAUGUGAGCCUCCAUCAUUCAGUCCUGAAUCUGGAGCCUCAGACACAAAAGUCCAGAACCAGAGACAAAGAGCAGACCCUCCAGGACCCAGCUGUCUGUCUAUGAAGAGUGACCGGUCCAUACCUGAGCAUCUAAACUUCAGUAAUGAACCUGGAGCCUCAGACACAAAACCUGCUGGACCUGGACCUGGACGCAGCUGUGUGUCCUUCAAGAGCGACCAGUCAAGGGAUGAUGUUAUUAAUUUCAAAGACCAACCUGUAUCAGAGUCACAAGUGGACCAGCAGAACUCAGAGGUUCCCAGUGCUCAGUCUGUCCAGCAGCACCAAACACACCUGGACUCCAUAUUUAUGCUGCUGGAGGAAAACAUUGUCACAUUUGUGAAGAAGGAGUUGAAGAAGAUCCAGAAGGUUUUGAGUCCAGAUUACCCAGAAUGCUUAGAGAAUCAGAGGGAGGAUGAGGAGGAGUUGGAUGGUGAGGAUGAAGAGCAGAGGAGGAGCAGCAGAGAUGCGUUUUUGAGGAUCACAGUGAACUUCCUGAGGAGGAUGAAGCAGGAGGAGCUGGCUGACUGUCUGCAGAAUCUAAUGGUUCCAGUGCCAGAGCCACGACCCAUUACAUAUUACCAGCAGAUGCUUCAAUCAAACCUCCAAGACCAGUUUGUGUUUGUGAAACCAGGCUGGUCAGAAGACGACCAACGUCUGGAUGACAUCUAUGCAGAGUUGUACAUCACAGCUGGGCCGGAUUCACACAUCAACACACAGCAUGAGGUCCAACAGCUUGAGACGACACAACAGAAGCAAAGAUCAGCAGAGGAGCCAGUGAAGCCCAGUGACCUGUUCAAACAGCCCCCUGGUAAAUACAGACGCAUCAGAACAGUGUUGACCAAUGGAAUCGCUGGGAUUGGAAAAACAGUCCUUGUGAACAAGUUUGUGUUGGACUGGACCCAACAAAGGUCCAAUCAAGACGUGCAUCUGAUUUUCCCCUUCACCUUCCGUCGUCUGAAUCCACUGAAGGGACAGAAGUUUAGUUUGUCAGAGCUCAUUCAUGAAUGUAUCCCAGAAACUGAGUCCAUCAGCCUGGAGGCUCUGAAUUACAUCUUUACACAUCUACAGUCAUCAGGAAAAAGCAAUUAUGACAAGAGCAGCUUCAAACUUCUGUUUGUGUUUGAUGGACUGGACGAGAGUCGCCUCCAAUUGGACUGUAGCACCAGUGAGAAGGAGACGGGUCAACGUGACGUCACAGAGUCCACCUCAGUGGAUGAGCUGCUGACAAACCUCAUCAGAGGAAAACUACUACGCUCUGCUCGCAUCUGGAUCACCACACGACCUGCAGCAGCCAAUCAGAUUCAUGGAGACUUUGUUGAGGUGGUGACGGAGGUCAGAGGGUUCACUGACCCACAGAAGGAGGAGUACUUCAGGAAGAGAUUCACAGAUGAGGAGCAGAGCAACAGAAUCAUGUCCCACAUCAAGAUGUCACGAAGCCUCCACAUCAUGUGCCACAUCCCAGUCUUCUGCUGGAUCACUGCUACGGUUCUGGAGGAUCUGCUGGAAACCAGAGAGGGAGGAGAGCUGCCCAAGACCCUGACGGAGAUGUACGCAGAGUUCCUGGGGUUUCAGAUGGAUCGGACUAAAGACAAGUAUGGACCAGAACAGAGCAGCAACUACAUCAAGUCAUUGGCUAAACUGGCUUUUAAGCAGCUGCUAAAGGGAAACUUGAUCUUCUAUGAGGAAGAUCUGAAAGAGAGCGGCAUCGAUGUCAGUGGAGCCUCAGUGUGUUCAGGAGUGUUCACAGAGAUCUUUAAACAGGAACGAGGGAGGAAAUCCAAGGACAAGAUGUUCAGCUUUGUUCAUCUGAGCGUUCAGGAGUUUCUGGCUGCUGUUCACAUGAUGCUCUGUUAUAACAACGGGAAGAUGGAGGAAUUGGAGGAGUUUGUGAAAGACUCCAAUCACACAGAAUCAUUCCUUGAAAAAAUAAAACAGGUUUUUGUUUUAUUUUCACCCUCAACUCUCUCAUCUCUGGAUGUUGUCCUGAGUAGAACCAUGUUUAAAUCCCUCCAGAGUCCAAGUGGCCACCUGGACUUGUUCGUUCGCUUCCUUCAUGGCCUCUGUCUGGAGUCCAACCAGAGAAUCUUAGGAGGUUUGCUGGGUCACACAGAGAACAGUCCAGAAACCAUUCAGACAACCAUAAACAACCUCAAGGUGAUGAACAGUGGUAGAAUCUCUCCAGACAGAAGCAUCAACAUCUUCCACUGUCUGAUGGAGAUGAACGACCACUCAGUCCAUCAGCAGAUCCAAGAGUUCCUGAAGUCAGAGAACAGAUCAGAGAAGGAACUCUCCUUGAUCCAGUGCUCAGCUCUGGCCUACAUGCUGCAGAUGUCAGAGGAGGUUCUGGAUGAGUUGGACCUGAAUCAGUACAACACAUCAAAAGAGGGACGAUGGAGACUGAUCCCAGUGGUGAGGAACUGCAGAAAGGCUCAACUUUCUGGCAGUGGACUCACAGAGACUCACUGUGAAAUUGUGGCCUCAGCUCUGAAGUCCAACCCGUCACAUCUGACACAACUGGACCUGAGUAACAACAACCUGCAGGACUCAGUGACGGUUCUGUGUGCUGGACUGAAGAGUCCUCACUGUCGACUGGAGACUCUCAGACUGUCAGGCUGUCUGCUCUCAGAGGAAGCUUGUGUCUCUCUGGCCUCAGCUCUGAGCUCCAACCCCUCCCAUCUGAGAGAGCUGGACCUGAGCUACAAUCAUCCAGGAGACUCAGGAGUGGAGCUGCUGUCUGCUGGAGUCAAGGAUCCACACUGGAGACUGGACACUCUCAGGGUGGAGCCUGGUGGAGUCCAAUACUUGAGACCAGGUCUGAGCAAGUAUUUCUGUCAACUCACCAUCGACACAAACACAGUUAACAGAGAACUACGACUGUCUAAAAACAACAGGAAGGUGACAUGGGUGAAGGAGUAUCAUUUAUAUCCCGAUCAUCCAGACAGAUUUGACCACUUUCCUCAGCUGCUGUGUAGUAAUGGUCUGACUGGUCGCUGUUACUGGGAGGUUGAGUGGAAAGGAAGAGUUCAUAUAUCAGUGAGUUACAGAGGAAUCGAAAGGAAAGGAUACAGUGAUGACUGUUUGUUUGGAUCCAACGAUCAGUCCUGGAGUCUGUUCUGCUCUGAUGAUGGCCGUUACUAUGUCAGACACAAUAACAUAGCAACAUUCAUCUCCUCCUCUGUGUCUCACAGAGUAUCAGUGUAUGUGGACUGUCCUGCUGGUUCUCUGUCCUUCUACAAAGUCUCCUCUGACAAACUGAUCCACCUUCACACCUUCAACACCACAUUCACUGAACCUCUUUAUCCUGGGUUUGGGUUGGGGUUCUGUUCUCCUGGUUCCUCAGUGUCUCUGUGUGAUGUGUCAUAGUGAGAGUUUGAUCCUGUCAGAGAAACGUUGUCACUGUUGAACAUAGUUCAGUCUGUUAAUGUCUGUCUCAUUUUCAGAUUCAUGUAUUAAACCUGUUUCUUUCUGAACCAGUUCUAAAUGAUUUCUUGUGAACUUUUUUCUCUUCCGUCCUUUAAAGAUGGAAGCUCUGAUUAUUCCAGGAUCAAAGGUUGAUGACUUGUUGUGAAGUUGUUUUCCAGUGAAUAUCAGGAUGUUUCAGUUCCACGUGUGACAAACUGUGACAUCAGAGAAGAAUCACCGAGCUGAAUGAGUGAGAAGCUUCCAGAUGUUCACAGAUGAUUGUUGAAUGUGUAGCAAUCCACGUCUGGACUGAGGUAACCUGACCUACAUGUGAACGUAACUCCCUCAUUGAAAAGCCUCUACGUCCUUUCCAGUCCCCAGAGAUAAGGAACCCUGAAUCUUUCUCCACCAUCCCAUCCCAACAUUUCACAUAUCCAAUCAAAUCAAAGAAAAAUGUGUAAAUCUCACAGGAUUCCACCUCUGCUUAUCAUGCCAAAAGGACAGGCUGGUUCAGAUGCACCAGAUCUUUCAACUUCCAUGAAACUGAUGCCGUUGUAUUCUGUGGACAAAAUGCUAUGAUGCGGAUAUUAGAUUGGUUUCUGUGUGAUGCGCAAUGCUGACCUACAGAUUUGCCAGGAAAUAUCUCAAGAACAACAAAGAGACUACAACUUAUCACAAUGCUUUUCUUUGUGUGAAUGUAUAAAACUGAAAUAAAGAUGCUCACCUUCAUUUCUUUUAACCUGUGCACCAUACAUAUAUGCUAUGUUCACCAGCUAAAUUAUGUAUCCUCAUUAUUGUGUUGCAUUUUAAGUGUUACAAUAGCUUAAUUAGUAAUGUCUAGAUUAGGCCAUUUAUAAUUUGAUUUUGCCUGCAUUUAUUAUUUGUGUAUGUUUUAGUGUUUACUUGGUGUUACAUAGGGACAAGACCAUCAUGAAUAACAUUUCAUUUGUUACAGCGUUUUAAAAAGGGACCACAUAUAAAACCUUAAUUAUCUAUGCAUUUAAUAUUGCUGUUAACCAUUCUGACUUCCCUGCUUAUUUGAGUACCAAAGUGAUUGUUGUACUGUGUCAUGGUGUGAUGGAACUUUGAGCUUGAUGAAAAGAGGAAAGCUUAGUUAUCCCAGAUUUAGGAGCGAUCCAAAUCAAAUAGUUUGAUUCCUGAUCUGAAGAGGUGGAACUCUCACCACUGGUUGAAGUCAUUUCUCCGCCCUGAAGUGACCACUGCCCCAGGGGUAUUUAAACCAGUGGCACCCUAGUUGAAUCGGAAUUCUCCUCUAUCUUCAAACUUGUUUCACUUUUCUUUUUGCGUCGCAUUACUUUUUUUUCAUUAUUCUUAAUUUUUGUAAACCUAAUGUUAAACUUUGUUACUUUAGAAAGUAAUCUCAAGUAACUCCACAAAACUGAAACUAUAGCCAACAAUAUAACCAAUUUAAUUGACUCGCUAUUUGAUACAAUACAAGCGUGGUUUCAGUUUUUUUUUUUGUUCUGUCCAGCAGUUUAACAAGCAGCAUAUCUUACGCUGAAUGCCAUAUUGUGAUGGACAGCUUUGCUUUAUCUAGAGGGGUAUAUAUAAAAUAUAUAUACUCUUCUUGAUUUAUGGUUUAUUUAAUGUUUUAUUUAGCUAAUCCCAAAUGCGUGUGAUGUUGCUGUACUGGUGGACAGGUUAAGUGUCUGCUUUAGGGUGUGUGUGCGGGACGGGGGGUUGGGGUAGGGGUGCAACCAGCUGCUGAAACCAAGCAAAUCUGUUAAGUAAACAAUCGGUGCAAAAUAAAUAAGCAGGGAUGUACCUUAGGCUAAGACAUUCAUAACUAAACAACUGUUGUACUGUGGUUUACCUUGGAGAUUAAUACUAAUACCAAUAAUAGUGUUAAGGUACAGUAUGUGCACAUACAAACAUAUAUAUAUAUAUAUAUACACAUAUACACACACACAUACACACACACACACAUGCAUUGUUAUACAUAUCCAAUACUACUUAAUAAAGUAUGAUAUACAACA